AUGGAGACCGAGUGGCUACUCAAGAAGCAUUCGCCCAAGAAGCGAGGCGUCCUCAAAUUCAUCGUCGCCUUGUGCGGCGCGGCCGCACUCGCGGCCGUCGCAGUCCCGCGCGCGAGCCACGGCGGCGGCCUCCGCGCGUCGCCCACGGCCCUCAAAGCUUCUGCCCUGAAGAGCGGCCUGGUCCAGGACGUCGACAAGUCAAGAUGGUUGCCGGAAUGUCUCGCGUGGUGGCAGAUGUGGCAAGGUUUUCCGACCUCCGCGAACCCUGAUCGGGAAAUCCAAGAAUUUGUUCUAGUCUCCUCCUAUGACCUCAUUAGCAUGCCUGCCGGCAUCUGCACGAUCACACUCUAUUGUGCAAUAGAGAACUGUGGGGCUGAUAUCAAGCCUGUGCCCGGUACGCCGACGACAUUAAUGGGCGACUUCGACGUAAAUAAUGGCGACUUGGCACAGAUCGAACUGGCCUACGGCGUCAAGUUCAACCUGCCCGACCAGAUCGCCUUUCCGAGGUCAGUGAAGGACGUCGUCGACGUCGUGGUCUACGCCCGGAAGGCCUCGAUACCCAUCUCGGUGAAGACGUCUAGAAUCGCGGAGGCCGGAGGGUUUCCCGCCUACGAGCGAUUACAACGCGGGAAGCUCAUCGCGACCGCCACGAAGAUGCUCGGCCACCGCUUACCCCCCUCGAUCAUCCCAACGGUCGCGAAGUUCUGGGGACAUCCGGGAGAAUACGCGUCUCGCGGACAUGACCCCUGGAAUCCGGGCCCGGUGUUCUACUAA